UCCUCCGUGUUUCUUUUUUGUCACCACUAUAAACUGUCCUGACGCAGACGCUAGUGACUGGACUCCCUCUCUGAUCAGCAUGUUCCUCCUCUGGAUAGCGCUGCCCGCUGUGCUCUGUCUCGCCUUUUUAUUCCGCUUUCCGUACUUCAUCCAGGAUGUGCAGCACUUCAUCAAGAAGUUAACGUUGGUGCGCCGUAUCUCAAAAUUCAUGCAGAGUAAUUACACCCUCCUGGACCGGUUCUUGGAGAGAGUCGAGACGCACCCUCACAAACCUUUCAUCUUAUUCAAUGAUGAAACCUUCACCUUCAAGGACGCGGACGAGCUCAGCAACAAAGCCGCCAGAGCGUUUUUGCGCAGCGGGUGCGUCAAAGAAGGAGACACGGUGACGCUGUUCCACAGAAACGAGCCCAUGUUCGUGUGGCUGUGGUUGGCGUUGGUGAAGCUCGGAUGUCCCGUCGCCUUCCUCAACUACAACAUCAGGUCCAAGUCACUCUUGCUCUGCUUCAACCGCAGCGGAGCCAAAACUCUGGUGGUGGGCAGAGACUUGCAGGAUGCUGUGGAGGAGGUUCUGCCCACUCUCUUGGAACAGCGGGUCACGGUUUUGAGCCUCGCUGACUCUAAAACCGAUGGAAUUCAGAAUUUCGCGGACCAAAUGAGCGAGGCCUCGUCUGAACCCGUGCCCAAGGAUUUAAGGUCGCACGUGACCUUGCUCAGUCCAGGAGUCUACAUAUACACGUCAGGAACCACAGGACUCCCCAAAGCGGCAGUGAUGACUCAUUCCAGACUGUGGAACCUGUCGUGGUCGCUGGAGCUGGGAGGCGCCACGUUCGACGAUGUGCUCUACGUCACCCUCCCUCUUUACCACAGCAUUGGUCUCGCUGGAAUCGUCGCAGGCAUUAACGGGGGCUUUACAGUUGCUUUGAAGAGUACAUUUUCUGCAUCUCAGUUCUGGGACGACUGCAGAAAAUAUAAUGUCACUGUCAUACUGUACAUUGGGGAAAUCAUGCGCUACCUCUGCAACAAACCGAAGAAACUCAACGAUAGAAGUCACUCGCUCAGACUCGCAAUAGGCAACGGGAUGCGAGCGGACGUCUGGAGAGAGUUCCUGAAGCGCUUCGGCAACAUUCGCAUCACAGAGUCCUACGGAGGCUCUGAAUUGAACUUCGCUCUGUCCAACUACGUGGGGAAGAUCGGUUCCGUUGGGCGACACACCUUCCUCAACGGGAGGUUGUACGGUUUGAUCAAAUACGACGUUUAUAACGGAGAACCUGUGCGGGACUCAUCUGGGUUGUGCGUGGCAGCAGCUAAGGGUGAGCCCGGGCUCCUGGUGAGCCGCAUCACCCAGAGGGCUAAAUUCUACGGUUACCUGGGAGACCCGGAACAGACGGAGAAGAAGAAGCUGCACGACGUGUUCGAGAAGGGAGACGUGUACAUCAACACUGGGGACCUGAUGCGCAAGGACGAGGACAACUUCCUUUACUUCCUUGAUCGCACUGGAGACACGUUCAGAUGUAAAGGAGAGAACGUGUCUACAAUGGAAGUGGGUGACGUCAUGACCCUGGCUCACUGCAUUAAAGAAGCCUGUGUAUACGGAGUUCAAGUACCAGGUCAGGAAGGGAGGGUGGGGAUGGCAGCACUCGCACUCAGAGACGGACAGAUGUUUGACUCGACAGAUGUCUGGCAGCAUGUUAAAAACCUCUUGCCGGACUACGCGAGGCCCCGGUUUUUAAGAAUCCAGAGUUCCUUCGACGUAACCGGCACAUUCAAGCACACAAAGUUGAAGCUGAGGGAGGAGGGCUUCAAUCCAAACCAAAUAACAGAUACGCUCUACUUUCUGGACAAAGAGGCACAGAAUUAUGUCCCGCUCACAUCAGAAAUAUUUAAUUCUAUUACAUCAGGAGAAAUCCAGAUGUAACUGGUCGAUUUUUUUAUAUUAGUUUUUCUCCAUUUACAUUUUUUAAACGCUUUAUUAAACAUUUAGUCCUAAUACUGAAAAGUGUCUUG